ACUGUUCCACUCGUAUGAUUCAUGAGAUAACACAAAAACAUGGCUCAAGUUUGAGAGCAUCAAAGGUCGUGGGAGAUCUUGUUUGUAAUCAUCGGACACAAACUUAACACUGUCAAGACAUGGAGGGGUGGAGAUUGUUGCACCUGGUAGUCAUCGCAGCACUGACUAGUCUCUCAGGUACAGCUACCUUUUCCACAUCCUUUACUUUUAAUGAAUUUGUGUUUGACAUGUAUCAUCACGAGGUGACAUGUGUCAUCACGAGGUGACAUGUGUCAUCACGAGGUGACAUGUGUCAUCACGAGGUGACAUGUGUCAUCACGAGGUGACAUGCACGAAUUUAAAAUACUUCAAUCUCAGCUAACUUUACGUUAAUUAAACCAACUUAUCAUUUGAUCAACGUCAAAAGGUUUUCUAAAAAAAUUUUAUGUUUGUAUUUUACGCUACGCUGUUUAAACUUCGUAUUCAUUUAAACCGAAUGCACCCCUCUCGGCAUUUCUCUUUUAAAUUGUAUGUUAGCUUCUUCCUUGAAACUCGACAUUAUGAUGUGGUGUGCACGACUUUAAAAAAAAAAAAAAAAUAAUUUAAUCACAAACUUACUCGGCGUCAAGGAAACAACUAUCCUUUUGAUCCACACUGAAAUCUGACGUUGGAAUAGUUCUCUUAAACCCAUUACGUCAUAGGUCAGAUUCGCAUUCAAAACACAACAGAACAACAAUCAAAUUAGGGCAUUGGCCUCAAGCUCCUUUGCAGCAAUGUAAUUGUUAAUUGAAGCUCCGCUUUCAACCUUAGUUCAUAUUUCACAUUGUGGUGUGACUCUAUGUUGAACUCUGAACAUCAAAACAAACAAUGGUUAUAAGGGUGAGAGACUGCAAUCAGGGUUAGGAAACAAAGGGACAUAAGUGAAACAAAGUAAUGGGAAAACGUGAAACAGGAACGCAACAAAAACGUCAACGAAUUCUAAGCGUCAGAGAUCUAGUUUUGAGAUGAACACUCGUCGCCGAAAAGCGUAAAGUCCUCACUGCUCUUUUCUUUUUGUUUGCACCAAUUAGCUGACCUCGUACAUCUAUUAGCUGACCCAGUACAUCUAUUAGCUGACCCCGUACAUCUAUUAGCUGACCCCGUGCAUCUAUUAGCUGACCCCGUGCAUCUAUUAGCUGACCCCGUACAUCUAUUAGCUGACCCCGUACAUCUAUUAGCUGACCCCGUACAUCUAUUAGCUGACCCCGUAAUCUAUUAGCUGACCCAAUACAUCUAUUAGCUGACCCCGUACAUCUAUUAGCUGACCCAGUACAUCUAUUAGCUGACCCCGUACAUCUAUUAGCUGACCCCGUGCAUCUAUUAGCUGACCCCGUGCAUCUAUUAGCUGACCCAGUGCAUCUAUUAGCUGACCCAGUACAUCUAUUAGCUGACCCCGUACAUCUAUUAGCUGACCCCGUGCAUCUAUUAGUUGACCCCGUGCAUCUAUAAGCUUACCCCGUGCAUCUAUUAGCUGACCCCGUACAUCUAUUAGCUGACCACGUACAUCUAUUAGCUGACCUAGUACAUCUAUUAUCUGACCCAGUACAUCUAUUAUCUGACCCAGUACAUCUAUUAUCUAACCCAGUACAUCUAUAAGCUGACCCAGUACAUCUAUAAGCUGACCCCGUACAUCUAUUAGCUGACCCAGUACAUCUAUUAGCUGACCCAGAACAUCUAUUAGCUGACCCCGUACAUCUAUUAUCUAACCCAGUACAUCUAUUAGCUGACCCAGUACAUCUAUAAGCUGACCCCGUACAUCUAUUAUCUAACCCAGUACAUCUAUAAGCUGACCCCGUACAUCUAUUAUCUAACCCAGUACAUCUAUUAUCUGACCCAGUACAUCUAUUAGCUGACCCAGUACAUCUAUUAGCUGACCCAGUACAUCUAUUAGCUCACCCCGUACAUCUAUUAACUGACCCAGUACAUCUAUUAUCUAACUCAGUACAUCAGUACAUCGAUUAUCUACCCCAGUACAUCUAUUAUCUGACCCAGUACAUCUAUUAGCUGACCCAGUACAUCUAUUAGCUGACCCAGUACAUCUAUUAGCUCACCCCGUAUAUCUAUUAACUGACCCAGUACAUCUAUUAUCUAACUCAGUACAUCUAUUAUCUGACCCAGUACAUCUAUUAGCUGACCCUGUACAUCUAUUAGCUGACCCAGUACAUCUAUUAGCUGACCCAGUACAUCUAUUAGCUGACCCAGUACAUCUAUUAGCUAACCCAGUACAUCUAUUAGCUGACCCCGUACAUCUAUUAGCUGACCCAGUACAUCUAUUAUCUGACCCAGUACAUCUAUUAUCUGACCCAGCACUUCUAUUAUCUGACCCAGUACAUCUAAUAUCUGACCCAGUACAUCUAUUAUCUGACCCCGUACAUCUAUUAGCUGACCCCGUACAUCUAUUAUCUGACCCAGAACAUCUAUUAUCUGACCCAGUACAUCUAUUAGCUAACACCGUACAUCUAUUAUCUGACCCAGUACAUCUAUUAGCUGACCCCGUACAUCUAUUAGCUGACCCAGUACAUCUAUUAGCUGACCCCGUACAUCUAUUAGCUGACCCCGUACAUCUAUUAGCUGACCCCGUGCAUCUAUUAGCUGACCCCGUGCAUCUAUUAGCUGACCCCGUGCAUCUAUUAGCUGACCCCGUGCAUCUAUUAGCUGACCCCGUGCAUCUAUUAGCUGACCCCGAUUAGCUGACACCGUACAUCUAUUAGCUGACCCCGUACAUCUAUUAGCUGACCCAGUACAUCUAUUAUCUGACCCAGUACAUCUAUUAUCUGACCCAGUACAUCUAUUAUCUAACCCAGUACAUCUAUUAGCUGACCCCGUACAUCUAUUAGCUGACCCAGUACAUCUAUUAGCUGACCCCGUGCAUCUAUUAGCUGACCCCGUGCAUCUAUUAGCUGACCCCGUGCAUCUAUUAGCUGACCCCGUGCAUCUAUAAGCUGACCCAGUACAUCUAUAAGCUGACCCAGUACAUCUAUUAGCUGACCCAGUACAUCUAUUAGCUGACCCCGUACAUCUAUAAGCUUACCCAGUACAUCUAUUAGCUGAACCAGUACAUCUAUUAGCUGACCCCGUACAUCUAUUGUCUAACCAAGUACAUCUAUUAGCUGACCCAGUACAUCUAUUAUCUGACCCAGUACAUCUAUUAUCUGACCCAGUACAUCUAUUAUCUGACCCAGUACAUCUAUUAUCUAACCCAGUACAUCUUUAAGCUGACCCCGUACAUCUAAUAUCUAACCCAGUACAUCUAUUAGCUGACCCAGUACAUCUAUUAGCUGACCCAGUACAUCUAUUAGCUAACCCAGUACAUCUAUAAGCUGACUCCGUACAUCUAUUAGCUGACACCGUACAUCUAUUAGCUGACCCCGUACAUCUAUUAGCUGACCCAGUACAUCUAUUAUCUGACCCAGUACAUCUAUUAUCUGACCCAGUACAUCUAUUAUCUAACCCAGUACAUCUAUAAGCUGACCCCGUACAUCUAUUAGCUGACCCAGUACAUCUAUUAGCUGACCCCGUGCAUCUAUUAGCUGACCCCGUGCAUCUAUUAGCUGACCCCGUGCAUCUAUUAGCUGACCCCGUGCAUCUAUUAGCUGACCCCGUGCAUCUAUUAGCUGACCCCGAAUCUAUUAGCUGACCCCGUACAUAUAGUAGCUGACCCAGUACAUCUAUUAGCUGACCCCGUACAUCUAUUAGCUGACCCAGUACAUCUAUUAGCUGACCCCGUGCAUCUAUUAGCUGACCCCGUGCAUCUAUUAGUUGACCCCGUGCAUCUAUUAGCUGACCCCGUGCAUCUAUAAGCUGACCCCGUACAUCUAUUAUCUGACCCAUAACAUCUAUUAUCUGACCCAGUACAUCUAUUAGCUAACCCCGUACAUCUAUUAGCUGACCCCGUACAUCUAUUAGCUGACCCCGUACAUCUAUCAGCUGACCCAGUACAUCUAUUAGCUGACCCAGUACAUCUAUUAGCUGACCCAGUACAUCUAUUAUCUGACCCAGUACAUCUAUUAUCUGACCCAGUACAUCUAUUAUCUAACCCAGUACAUCUAUUAUCUAACCCAGUACAUCUAUAAGCUGACCCAGUACAUCUAUAAGCUGACCCCGUACAUCUAUUAGCUGACCCCGUACAUCUAUUAGCUGACCCCGUACAUCUAUUAGCUGACCCAAUACAUCUAUUAGCUGACCCAGUACAUCUAUUAGCUGACCCCGUACAUCUAUUAGCUGACCCAGUACAUCUAUUAGCUUACCCCGUACAUCUAUUAGCUGACCCAGUACAUCUAUUAGCUGACCCAGUACAUCUAUUAGCUGACCCCGUACAUCUAUUAGCUGACCCCGUACAUCUAUUAGCUGACCCAGUACAUCUAUAAGCUGACACCGUACAUCUAUAAGCUGACACAGUACAUCUAUUAUCUGACCCAGUAUAUCUAUUAGCUGACCCCGUACACCAAUUAGCUGACCCCGUACAUCUAUUAGCUGACCCCGAACACCAAUUAGCUGACCCCGUACAUCUAUUAGCUGACCCAGUACAUCUAUUAUCUGACCCCGAACACCAAUAAGCAUACCCCAUAUACCAAUUAGCUGACCCCGUUCUCCAAUUAGCUGACCCCGUACACCAAUUAGCUGACCCCGUACACCAAUUAGCUGACCCCGUACACCAAUUAUCUGACCCCGUACACCAAUUAGCUGACCCCGCACACCAAUUAACUGACCCCGUACACCAAUUAACUGACCUCGUACACCAAUUAGCUGACCCCGUACACCAAUUAUCUGACCCCGUACACCAAUUAGCUGACCCCGCACACCAAUUAACUGACACCGUACACCAAUUAACUGACCUCGUACACAAAUUAGCUGACCCCGUACACCAAUUAACUGACCUCGUACACCAAUUAGCUGACCCCGUACACCAAUUAGCUGACCCCGCUCACCAAUUAACUGACCCCGUACAACAAUUAACUGACCUCGUACACCAAUUAUCUGACCCCGUACACCACUUAGCUGACCCCGUACACCAAUUAUCUGACCCCGUACACCAAUUAACUGACCCCGUACACCAAUUAGCUGACCCCGUACACCAUUUAGCUGACCCCGUUCACCAAUUAACUGACCCCGUACACCAUUUAGCUGACCCCGUACACCAAUUAGCUGACCCCGUACACCAUUUAGCUGACCCUGUUCACCAAUUAACUGACCCCGUACACCAUUUAGCUGACCCUGUUCACCAAUUAACUGACCCCGUACACCAUUUAGCUGACCACGUACACCAAUUAGCUAGGCCCGUACACCGGAAAGUAUGGUUACACAGGCGAAGCUUCUGUGAAAGAUUGAGUGGGAGUUGUUUAGCGUAAAUCUGCUUCUGAAUUGAAUCCCAGUUAAUACUGUUACUGGAUAUUCUAUUGCAUUUAAAUUGUCUUAUAUUACAAUGCUAUUACGAUACAGUGUUUUUAUUUAACUUUUUCUUACCAAUAUUAUUUUCAUUUUACAAAUGUAUCAACAUAUUCACAUGCUACCAUGUUAUAUAAUAUAUUAUCUAAUCUUUAUAUUACAAUGCUAUUAAAUUGCUAUGUUCUUUUAUUAGAAUUAUCGUUAAGGCUUAGGUUAACAUAUCAUAAGUUUGCCAUCAUCUGAAAAUCAUGAUGUUCUUAUAAUAUUAAAUACUUAAAUAGCCUUGUUCUUAUAUUGCCAUGUUCCUAUAUAGCUAUGUUCUUCUGUUACUAUGUUCUUACAUUACUAUGUUCUUACAUUACCAUGUUCUUAAAUGAAAGUGUUCUUACAUUACCAUUUCUAACAUUACUGUGUUCUUACAUUACCAUUUCUUAUAUUACCAUGUUCCGAAUUUACCAUGUUCUUUGUUCUUAUAUUAAAAUGUUGUUCCAUUAAGAGACCGAUCGAAUGUGAUCUGCUGAUUUCGGCCGAAAUCGAAACCAGACAGAAAUUUAAAAAUGAUUUUUGACUGAAACCAAAGAAAGAAGGCGAAAAGUCUCAACCCCUAUCAGCCGAAACUGAAAAUAAGCUUGUUACGUACUGCUAUCCGGAGGGAGAACUUAAUCUUCUAUUUACAUGUAUGGCUCGUUCCAAAACAGUGCUUAACAAGAAGAUAGCAAAUGAUAAAAACAAUAACAAAGAAUACGACACUCAAAACAUUGCUAACCGCAAUUAACAAGUUAUUAUUAAGUUACUAUGGCAAUAAAAGAAGCACAAUUAAAAUAAUCAACUUACAGAGUAUGGUUUUUCUUGUAUCGGUACACAGUUAAAACAAUGUGCCAAAAAUGAGGUACAAUCAUGAAUGCGAAUUCACACAUUUAGGUAAACACUGAAUAAACACUCUUGUCUCGUGAAGUAAAAAUAUCUCGUGAUCUCUCUAUCGCUCUCUGAAUCCCCUUAUAUAUAUAUAUAUAUAUAAAUAUAUUUUUCAAUUUUUAUUCACCGCAAAAAUUAUUCACGGUAUUAAUACAUGCUGUCAGUAGACAAUGUGCUAACAACCACACAGUUAACGGAAUGCCAAUACUCAACGCAUCGAGCAUGCGUGGAAAUUGUCAAAAGAGAGCAACAAUUGCACAUACAGACAUAUGCUCGAUUCUUAUAUGUGUGGGUUCAUUUGGCGACGACGUGUUGAAGUUAAAGCAAAUGGUUCGAAUGGUAUUCAACGCCAUUCUAGAUGAUAUUGUUCAAUUUUGCCACCACAGUAGCAAAAAGAAGUAAAUAUGUUUUAAUGCAAAAGAACAUUUGUUUUAUUGGAAGUGUGAAAUGUUUUACUGUAUCGGUAAUAGAAAUGUGAAAUAAUUUACAAGGAUAUUUGCGUUAAAUGAAACGUUUUCAUGUAAAGAAAAACAUGUGUUUUAGUGUUAUUGGAAAUGUGAAUAAAAUUGAAUAAUAAUAAUUUUUUGCUGUGAAUUAAAAUUGAAGUACCAUAUAUAUGUGUAUAUAUAUAUAUAUAUAUAUAUAUAUUUAUAUAUAGUAUGGUCUACCGACGCAUCUGGAUAUGCCUUACACAUUGUUUUCCUUUCUAGUUUUCUCCAGAUUUUUCUACAAGAAUCUGAUAAAUACAGACUAUUCAUUUUAUUUAGUUGGUAUUAAACAAGACCAAGAUCAAAGGGAAUAAGCCACGCCCAAUACUAACGAAGGCGAAUUUGGGUCAGCUAUAGUUCACAGCACUGGGGAAAUGUGAUAUUAACACGUCGUCUACUUAAAAAGCCGAAAGUUAGCUUUUAUGUUUCGGGCGAAACCGAAAGUACGCCGAAAAUGAUCAUAAUUCAACUUUCGGCGCAAAAAACUGAAACCGAAAUUCGGCCGGUCUCUAAUAACAUUACUAUUUUAUUAAUUACUAUGUUCUUACAUUACUACGUUCUUACAUUAUUAUGUUCUUGCAAUGCUAUGUUCUUACUUUACUUUCUUCGUAUUUUACCAUGUUCUUACAUCACUAUACUCUUAUUUUACCAUGUUCUUACAUUACCAUGUUCUUAUAUUUCCAUGUUGUUUUCAUUACUAUAUUCUGGCUUUACCAUGUUCUUAUUUUACAUUUUUCUAACAUUAUAUAUUCUUACACUCCCAUGUUCUUACACUACUAUUUUCUUGCAUUACUUUGUUCCUACAUUACUGUGUUCUUUCAUUGCCAUGUUCUUACAUUACCAUGUUCUUUCCUUACUAUGGUCCUAUUUCCCCUAUCUUCAUGAAGCCUGUCAAAAUAUCUGCCUUGAAAACAAUUGGGCCGUCGGUACCUUCCCGCACCCGGACACCUGCUCAUGGUAUGUCGUCUGCAACGGAUUCGUCACGUCAGUUUCGGCGUGUCCGAUUGGCCAGUCUUUUGACCCUAUCCGAGGAACAUGUGUGGAUUCGACCAUAGCAGCCCCGUGUAGCGACAUUAAAACUACUAUUGCCCCCGUCACUUCUGGUAAGUCGUCAAUCUUAACUACAUCACGGAAAGAGCAAGUACGCUGCACCGUUGCCAUGGCAAAUAAUUUUACAAAGUAUUUCGAUCUAAACCUUACUCCCCUUGGCUACAAUAUUUACUAUAUUUGAUGUGGUUCCUUAAAUAAUCAUAUUAGAGAUUUCCCAGUUAAUGGGACAAUUCCAGGGGUGAGAUUUAUCUGAGCGUCACCUAACUGUUAAGACAAAAACACCUUAAAUGCAACUUUCAUUUAUUUCAGUGAAGAUCAUUUUUUUGUGAUGGCCCAUUCGUGGCCCCUUAGAGGCCCAUUAGUUACCCCUUAGUGGCCCAUCCAAAUAAAAAUGCUAUCAUUCGACAAUCAUCCAACUUUAGCAGUAGUAUUUUAAUUAGGUUUAUACUCAAGGUCCUUAAAGUUAAUUUAUUCGGCAACUCUUUGGAAUGUUCGACUGCUAAAUUGAAUAAUGGAUUGAACAGUCUUUUUGAAAUUCAACAAUAUUGAGCAGCUUAAUAAUUUUAAAAAACAACAAUUAAUUCAAUAAAAAUUUUAAGCAACAUAUUAAUUACAUGAAAUUUUAAGACCUGAAUUUAUCUUUGAUUUAUCUCCCCCUCCCCCCACCCACACCUCCCCCAAACCCCUACACCAGCACCAGAAUGUAAGAAUACUUCCAGAGGCGACAUCCUCUUCAUCAUGGACGCCUCGUCCAGCAUCGGCAUCCACAACUUCACCACACAGCUGCAGUUUGUGGCGGGACUGACCAAGCCCUUCACCCUGGGCCCCAACAACGUCCAGUUCGGCGCUAUCGUGUUCUCGUCAGCGGUCCAGAACGUGUUUGCCUUCAACACGUUCUCUGACCACUUAGCGCUCGAGCACGUGAGUGAAGUUAUCACAUGGGACAGUUGAAUGAGCAAAUACAAGCCAGUAAUGAAUGCAUGUCUUAGUUUUGUUAACACACGCACACAUACGUAUAUAUAAUUGGGUGAGUUUGUAACUAUUUACCGCGCAUUGGUGUUUCGUUGUCUUUAAAUGUGGAUCAGCGCAAUUUGGGGUAGAUUCAAUUGUAAACUUAAUGCCAUGUCACACAAUGAGGUAGAGUCCAUGCAGUGUCUCUUUCAGCCAAUUUCCUCAAGGGGAGGGGGGUGAUUUUUCAGAUUUUCAAGGAGGACGGGGGGAAGAAGGGAAGUGACAGCCCUAUGAGUGUAGCUGGGGUAGGGAGAGGAGGACAGAUGUCCCCGUGCAAAGUACUAGCAGGGGCGCAAAACCGAGGUGUGAUUGUAUUAAAUGGAUGAAAUAAUUUUUGUUUUUUGCUUUUUUUAGAGUUAUUGGGGUUUGGGCGCGGAAAGGAAUCAAUGUCACCUGAAACCCGAAACAACCACUGAUUCCAUGUGCUGCAGCGAAUCUGUUUGGCCAUUUUCGACCCAGCACAGUUAAAAAAAAACAACAACACACCUUUAACGUUGUCAGUUUUUGGUGUCAGUUUAACCCCAGAGCAUCCAAAAUGACCGAGAUGGCAUGGGCCAUAAACCACACAUAACGUCAUGAAGGCAUGUCAGUGCCCUUCGUGAGCGAUUGGCUUAAGAGAUAUUCCCUGUGUUCUCUUUAGCAUUUCCGGUCAUCUGGUCGAACGUUGUGUCCUGCAACUGCAGACGGGUAGAAAUCCAAGAUGGCGGCGCCCCUCAUCCCUUGUAGGAACUUCUGUAAACGGCAUCCGGUAUUCGGUAAUGUAGCAGACACAUCGGAAUAUCACGAGGAAACCCAUCAAUGAAAUGCUCUCUCUCUCUCUCUCUCUCUCUCUCUCUCUCUCUCUCUCUCUCUCGCAUCAGAUAAAAUGUGUUCAGAUAUUUUCAAACUAGCAGAAAAAUGUUGAUUACCUGAAAAUAACUUGGUAUCCUUACACUAAUUUAACAUUUUAAGUCAUUUACUUUAUUCUUUGCGUUUAGAUAACGACCGAAUUUGAUUGAUUUUCUCGUUUCGGCCAAAACCGAAACCAAGCCGAACAUUUUAAAAAAUGACUUUUGUCAGAAAUGGAAGCCGAAACCAAAAGCUUAAAGCGAAUUUCGGCUGACACCGAGAUCAUAAAAAUAUUUAACCCUGCAAGAGAUUUUAAAUAUUUUUUCAUGAAACAAUGAUGCACUAAAAAAAAAAGUUUACAUGAUCAACAAUGCUUAAAUGAUUAGUAAGUAAUCCGAAAACCAGAAAUAGUCAUUACAAACCUACACUUGCAGUGUGAGACUCAUUGAAUCGUUCAGUGCUAAGUGGUUGGCAACUGAAGUCAAACAAACGAUUGUUGAGGUUUGGAACCAACAGUUUCUCUGCACAGUAGGUUACCAUGUCGGUCUGCAUGCAGCUGUCUUGCUGCAGCUAAACAACUGCUCACUUGCCACGCUGGUGGGCGGUACAGACAAAUGCACGCGUGCAGCGCCUUAAGGAAGUGGUUAUUGACUUAAAUGCCAAUUGCCAAUACGCAUACAUAUCGGUGGUCUUUCGAGGCAGAAGUGGCUCAUUGGGGUAACUAUUUAACUGUUUUUUUUUGUACAGCGGCACAACAUGGUUUUCACUUCGACUGUCGACAGUUUCCGAUGAAAUAUUGAAUAUCGGAUUGCCGGUUGACAGAUAGACUGAGUGAAAGAUUGAAUUCUAGUGGACAACAGAAAGCCUAAAUUACUUUCGACCGAUAUCGAAAAUCAACCUCAAGUUAACUUUCCCUGUUUCGGUAGAAACCGAAACUGAACCGAAACCGUAAUUCGGUCGGUCUCUAAUAGGGGAUAUUUAAAUGUAGUUUCCAUUAGGAAAGACAUUACCUACUAAUAGUUCAAUUAUUUAAACUUUUUUUUUAUUUCAAGACCGAAUUUCCCUUCUCCAGGCUAUUCUCAACACAACCUACAUGGCCGCAUACACGAACACAUUCGCUGCCCUGGAGUUCGCCAGAACGUAUGCAUUUAACGCAUCGAACGGCGCGCGACAGGGCGUGCCCCACAUCGCGAUCGUCCUCACGGACGGGGAGUCCGGCAACUUCGACCUGACGGCCCUCGAGGCCGACCUACUCAAGAGUGCCGGUGUCCACGUGUUGGCCAUCGGCAUUGCCGAUGCUUACCGGGACGAGCUCCUGGCCAUUGCGAGCACACAGCUCGAUGUCUUCCAGGCUGACAGCUUCGCCGUGCUGCACACCCUGGAAGCGGAAGUUACUAUAAGAACAUGCAACGAAGGUAAGAUAACUGUUGUCAAAGGUAGAUAACUAAUAUCGGGACCGAAAUAUUUUUUUUAAUUCCGUAUUUUUUAAAUAUUAGUUUGCCAACAAUAAAAUAAUUCACAUUUUUUUUUCAAUAUUGGUUACUGAAUUUAGUUUUUAAAAUUAUAAAUUGAAGAUAUAUUUUUAAAUAUUUGUGUAAAUUGUAUUAAUUUUGGUAUAAUUAUGUAAUAAUAAAUAAUAUAAUUAUAUAAUAAAUUUAUAAAUUUGGAGUGGUAUAAUUAAUAAAUUUGAAGUGGUAUAAUAAGAUAUAAUAAAUGAGAAUCGGUUACAAUAUAAAUGGCGUGGAAUAUAUAAUAAGGUAUAAUAAAUGAGAAUUGGUUACAAUAAAUGUGGCGUGGUAUAUAUAAUAAGGUGUAAUAAAUGAGAAUCGGUUACAAUAAAUGUGGCGUGGUAUGUAAAAUAAGGUAUAAUAAAUGAGAAUCGGUUACAAUAAAUGUGGCGUGGUAUAUAUAAUAAGGUUUAAUAAAUGAGAAUCGGUUACAAUAAAUGUGGCGUGGUAUAUAAAAUAAGGUAUAAUACAUGAGAAUCGGUUACAAUAAAUGUGGCGUGGUAUAUAUAAUAGGGUAUAAUAAAUGAGAAUCGGUUACAAUAAAUGUGGCGUGGUAUAUAAAAUAAGGUGUAAUACAUGAGACUUGGUGACAAUAAAUGUGGCGUGGUAUAUAAAAUAAGGUGUAAUACAUGAGACUUGGUGACAAUAAAUGUGGCGUGGUAUAUAAAAUAAGGUGUAAUACAUGAGACUUGGUGACAAUAAAUGUGGCGUGGUAUAUAAAAUAAGGUGUAAUACAUGAGACUUGGUGACAAUAAAUGUGGCGUGGUAUAUAAAAUAAGGUGUAAUACAUGAGACUUGGUGACAAUAAAUGUGGCGUGGUAUAUAAAAUAAGGUAUAAUAAAUGAGACUUGGUGACAAUAAAUGUGGCGUGGUAUAUAAAAUAAGGUGUAAUACAUGAGACUUGGUGACAAUAAAUGUGGCGUGGUAUAUAAAAUAAGGUAUAAUAAAUGAGACUUGGUGACAAUAAAUGUGGCGUGGUAUAUAAAAUAAGGUAUAAUAAAUGAGACUUGGUGACAAUAAAUGUGGCGUGGUAUAUAAAAUAAGGUAUAAUAAAUGAGAAUUGGUGACAAUAAAUGUGGCGUGGUAUAUAAAAUAAGGUAUAAUAAAUGAGAAUUGGUGACAAUAAAUUUGGCGUGGUAUAUAAAAUAAGGUGUAAUAAAUGAGAAUUGGUGACAAUAAAUGUGGCGUGGUAUAUAAAAUAAGGUAUAAUAAAUGAGACUUGGUGACAAUAAAUGUGGCGUGGUAUAGUACAACAUGAUCGCCAGUGUUUGUGCUGAACGUGUUUAUAUCGAGCGGUCAUGUAGUGGUAAACUCGACAUUCUACUCUGUUACAGCCUUCAACAAGCAUAGCUAUCUUAAAUAUUUAAAGUUGAAAUUUAAAACAGGUUAUCCAUACAGCGCUCGAUUGGUUAUUUAACAGCCAAUCACAAUUCAUCCACUCUUGUUACAAGGGUCAAGGGUUCUCAUUUCAUGUAAAUGUUCCAGUUAUCACUACGACAUGCAAGAACCUUACAAUCGCCGACGUCAUACUUGUCCUGGACUCCUCCAGCAGCAUCGGAUACUCCAACUACCAGACACAGCUGCAGUUCGCCGCCAACUUGACCCAGAACUUCCGGCUGGGACCAAACGACGUCAGGUUUGCCGCCAUAAUCUUUGGCACGGGAGUCCAAAAGCUUUUUGACCUGUCGACGCACAGUGACCACGCUCAGCUGUAUCGGGUACUAUGAAAAUGUCUGGUCGCCACAUGCCUACAGCAGAGCCAUUUUGUGUGUACAAUGAACAUAUUCCACGCCCACCCCACUUCUAUCACUAUUUCUCUUACACGCAACACGAGAAACUCACACCUGAACCGAUUUCAUCAUCUUGACCGUUUUUUUACUAUUUUACCCCCUUUUUUUCAUAGAAAAAAGAAGGGACUUAAAAAUUGUUAUUUUUUAACAUCGCAACAUGCAUUGUUCGCUUUUUACCACAAUAUAAAUCAAUUAAAAAUAUUUUAUGUGUUCAACGGUAGUUUUUCUCAGUACAUGUUAUAGUGAAAAGUUCUUUCAGCGGGGACUGGUGAAGUAUGAAGUAGGUGUCUGCGGUUUUCAAAAUUUUUUACUGAAAUUACAAAAAGAAGGAAGUUCAACAGAUGAUCGUGCUACAGUGUACUCUCCAGUUAAAUGCCUAAGUUUUAAUUUUUGUAAAAAAAAAAAAAAUAGCAAAAAAAUAAAAAUUAAAAAGUGGGAAAGAAAUGUUCUGGCUUGUUUUUUUUUUUUUUUUUUUUUUUUUUUUUUUUUUUAAAAAGAAAAAAAAAUUUCUAGCAUAAAAAAAAAAAAAAAAAAAAAAAAAAGACGAGGCAAUUAAACAGACUUUCGGCUUAAUGUCUUCUUCGGCAGACAAUUCACAACAAGUAAUAACAAAUUGUUUGAAAUUGAAAAAACCUAAGUACAAAAAAUGAUCAUCGUUAACUUGUGUACAAUACAAUUAUUGAAAGUUUUGUUUUUUUUUCUUUUAAAACACACCAGCACACUAAUAGCAUUCACUGACCACUAAAUAAUACUACCAAUGCCAUCCUACAUACAAAUAUCCAAGUUUACAUGCACGCUUUCCCCCCUAAAUAAAUAGUUAUUUCAUGUGUUAUUUUUAACUUAGGAUUGACGAAACGAUAUUAAUACGAACUAUUGUGUUCAAUGGCGUCCAGUGUUUGUUAUCUUAUUAUUUGUAGUGUUUAGUGUUUGUUAUCUCAUUAUUGUUGUGCCCAGUGUUUGUUAUCUUAUUAUUUGUAGUGUUCAAUGCUUGUUAUCUUAUUAUUUAUAGUGUUUAGUGUUUGUUAUCUCAUUAUUGUUGUGUCCAUUGUUUGUUAUCUUAUUAUUUGUAGUGUUCAAUGGUUGUUAUCUAAUUAUUUGUAGUGUUCACGCUUUUCCCCCCUUAAUAAAUAGUUAUUUCAUGUAUUAUUUUAAACUUAGGAUUGAUGGAACGAUAUUAUCACGAACUAUUGUGUUCAAUGGCGUUCAGUGUUUAUCUUAUUAUUUGUAGUGUUUAGUGUUUGUUAUCUCAUUAAUGUUGUGUCCAGUGUUUAUUAUCUUAUUAUUUGUAGUGUUCAAUGCUUGUUAUCUUAUUAUUUAUAGUGUUUAGUGUUUGUUAUCUCAUUAUUGUUGUGUCCAUUGUUUGUUAUCUUAUUAUUUGUAGUGUUCAAUGGUUGUUAUCUAAUUAUUUGUAGUGUUCAAUGCUUGUUAUCUUAGUAUUCUAAAAAAAUAUAUGAUCGUUAUUUUUUUUUAAAAAUAAUUGUUUUGGAACUGUUGAACUGACGUCGUUAAUCGAACCAGAACUUUGAAAGAUUGUUUUUUUCUCCUAACAAUUUAACGAUUUUGUCCUCCAGGCCAUUACUGGCGCCACCUACCUGUCCUCCAGUACCAACACAGGGGCCGCCUUGAGCUCGAUCACCAGCCAGGGAAUGUUUAGUGCUGCGGCCGGGGGUCGUGUCGGAGCAACGCAAGUCAUCAUCACGAUGACCGACGGGGAGUCCACUGACCCGGCAGAAAGUACAUGAGUGUUGACCUUUGGCACAAUUAGUUCUAUGGUGUCUGACACAUUCAAUGUUUUUAUUAUUUUGCUAUUGAGUAGAUUGUCAAUGGAUAACACCACCCCGCUUGUAACGCAUCACCGGUCUUGUAGUGGUCACUUAAUGAUAUGGUGCAGGCAUUUACUGAUCCAGUUAUAGCAACUUCUCAGCGUUAUAAAAAGCGAACAUUAAUUAAUGUAAAUUUUCCUCCUUCAGCCAGAAGACAAGCGAGUCUUCAGAAAGACAGAGGCGUGCACAUGAUAUCCAUUGGGGUGGGGUCAGCGGUUAACUACGCCGAGCUCGUAGCUCUCUCCAGCGGCGUGUCCAACAUCUUCACUGCCCCGAGCUACGAGGUACUUCAUCGCCUGGCAGAGGAAGUCACUAACCGUACCUGUGACA